AUGCCUUCACUAAAGGACCUCAAUUGCGCCAUCGAGCUAUCCGGGAGUCAACAAGCAUUACGAGAGCUCGGCACCAUAUAUGGCGACGGUUUCGUAGAGACCUUCGUCCCCGUACCCAACAAGCCACAGUCUUUCUCAAUUCACCUGACCUCCAACAGAUUCAUUGCUCCGGGCGUCGCGAUCUUCGUCUACGUCGACGGCGUUUACCAGUGCAACCGCAAUAGGCAGGACUUGAAGCUUCGGAAGCCUUCCGGCAGUCGCUCGCUUGUUGACUUUCGUGUACGCCAGAAGGAAGAGAGGCAGAGGGAUGGUUCGAUGAUUGCGAGGGAGUGGGCGUUUGAUAGGCUUAACAUUGCUUCGGCGGACGAUGCACCGAAUCUUUGUUCGCCAAACAUUCUCGACAAUAUAGGCUGUAUUGAAGUCAUUGUUCUACGAUGUGCUGGUACGCGCAAUGUCAAAUCGGCGUCGAUGAUGAACUUUGAUGGAGCAGGAGACUUCCCAGAUCACCGGUCUGGUGUAGACGAUAGCUCAUCGCCAUCCAACGAGAAGUCCAUGUACGAUGACCGAGGGCCAUUCUUUAACAACUUUGGCAAUCGCCACGGUCCACCGCCGCCGAUUCCGUCUCAUCGAUCACCAUAUGCCGAAACGCUACGUAGUCCGCAAGGCUCGACAUCAAGAACUCACCGAACUGCAUAUAAUCCUCAGGAGCUCUUCCCUCCGGCGGCUAUCGUAAACCACUCGCGGCCACAUUCGAGAUACUCUGAGCCGAUCAGUCCGGGGGCGCGGCGCACCAACGACCUUCCCCCGUCUGGUUUCCAGUAUGGCAGUGGUCCCAUCCCACGCAAUGAUGAGCCAUAUAACACACAUCCUCCUCAUGUUGGAGCAGCGAAACUUCCUACUGUGGAUCCAGUGUGGUUGAACAACCUUCUCACGACGGCAGUGAAGCAGGGAGUGGAAGAGUCACGACGGAUAGACACACAGUCAGAAGGGCAGGCGAGGUACAAGGAAACACAUCCAGAUGCAAAGUCCGCAAGUCAGACACCGGGAGCAUGGCCAGAAUCUCCAUUCGAUGCUCCCACAAUACCUUAUCAACGCACGGAGCAGCCACCUUUCUCCUCACGCGAUCACCAGAGUGAACAUGGCUCAAAAUGGGCAAAGUUCCAACCGGGCUGGGGCGACCGACCUCCACGGAGUAGAGCAGGAACUCGUGUUACCUGGAAUGCUGAGCCGGCGUUAAAGACCGACUCCUCAAGUGUCGGCGGAUGGAACGCGCGGGAAGAGACCCCGUCCGAUGCCUGGGACACUGGAGAUACUUGGCCGACCGAUAAGGCAGCUGAAUGGGAUGCUUCCAGUCAAAAGGGUAAACUAUGGGCGACUAACCCUCCUAGCCACUAUCAUGUGAGGUCUGACUCUCCAAUUACCUCACGUAGAUCCGAACGACAACGCUCAAAGCAUGAGUCAGUACGAAGUUCACGCUCUAAAUCCCGAUCAAGACGUUCACGCCGGGACCGAGAGGUGACUUCUUCAGAGGAAGACAACGGAAGUUGGGAUCGUCUCGAACGGCCUUCAGACUCUGUGGUCUCACUGAGUAGUUCAGAUGAUACCAUUCAGCCAUCGCGUUCUCGAAGCCGGAUACAGCCCUCACAACGGAGAUCCAAGAGCCGUUCUCGGCGUUCUAAGUCACUACAGCGCGACCAGGAGCGAAAACCAUCAAAGCAUUCUCACCGAAUCCCGACUUCGAGACCCGCGGAUGAAGUUCCAGCCGCUGGGCCUGCGCCAUCGGUCAUCACGCGAAUGGCACCGACUGUGAUGAACGCACCCCCUUCUGCUGCCCCGGAACAAGCGCGAUUACGGCAGCCUAGUGCUUAUACUGGUCCACCCGCUUUGAAGAUACCCACUCCAGAGUGGGGCGCUGCUGUUCAUGAGGCGAUGAAGAAGCCUAGUAAUGUUCCAAGUAACAUAUUCCCAGCCCCAUACGCACCAUUGAUGAAGAACUUUGUUCAGAGUGCUGUGGAUGAGAAACUAGGAUAUAAUCGACCACCUUCGGUUGUGUCUUGGGGUAAUGAGAAGAAAGAUCACACUGUCAAACCUUCAUGGGGCAAGGACGUUGAGAAGGAUUCCGGUUGGGGUAACGGCAGCGACAAUGGUUGGCAAGAAAAGAACUCUACGGGGAACCAUAAAGUUUGGUACUCGACCGAUGACGACCAAGCCGGAGACUGGACCAUACCAGACGACGACAAGAAGGUCCAAGCUGAUGAUCAUGGCUGGAACUCGAAAGACGCUGGCUGGGGUAACCCUUCAUCAUCCCCCAAACAAGAGCGAGUGGAUAAGAUGAACGACUGGGCCGGUCUCAAUUCCGCCCUGGCAACCUCCUUCAACAUUUCGCCAACACCAGCACCAGCACCAGAAGUCCCCUGGCAAAAUCAACCAUGGAGCUUCCCCGCCAACAACGACGCCGAAAAGCCCGCUGUCCAACAGCCUGCUCCCGCACCCUUUACUUACGCCCCAGCACCGCCAGCUCCGGUACCGGAGAAGGGCAGAUUACCUACCCAACGCAUGAGCAACAAAACCCUCUCGAAAUACCGUCCCAACCAUAACCACCCUUCUCUCACCGUUCCCAAAUCCCCACCAAACUUCACAGCGCAACCACACUGGCAAUUUCCUCCUCCCCCAUCUACUUCCACUACCAAAAACACACUCCACGCCUCCUCCCCAAAAGACACAUACAUUGCACCCGCAGAACCACGUCUCACUAUCGACCACAAGACUGCCAGCACGAAAGGUAUUGCCCACGCCGUCCGUGCGGGUAAAGCGAUGGAGUAUGGUCAUGUAGUAGGACGACCUGAGUAUCUGGAUAGACUGGAGAAGCCGUAUGCGGUAUUUCGGUUCAAGUAUCGGAGUGAGAGGGUGUUGAGGGGUCUGGGUAUUUAUGCGGAGGGCGACGGUGGCGAGAAAGGAAAGGAGAAGGAGAAAGUGGAAAAGUUGAAGCGUGUGCCGCAAGACGAACUGAUUGCGAAGAUGUUGGCUUUGGAGCGGAGGUUGGAAGGCAGAGACGAUGAGAAAGAUAUUACUGUUGCUGGUGGUGGGAAGGAGAAGAAACGUAGCAAGAAAAGUGUUGACAAGGAGAAGGAGAAACUGAAACACAAGCAGAUGCGGUCAAGUAAGAAAACGGAUGCGCAUGGCGACGGCCGGAUGAAGGACUUUACCGAACAAUGGGUUGAGCGGCAUUCGCGAGAUCCGAGUGUGAGGGCGAAGAGUGGGGUCGCUAAAGGGAUGGGCGAGAAGGAAGAUAAGGAGAGGAAGGAGAAAGAGGCGGUGGGAACGUGGGGACAGAAUGUGAAUGAGGGAUGGGGAGGUAGAGGUGUGACAUGGUAG